CUCCUGUAGAGUUUAAACAUCCACCACUUUACUUCCCCGUAUCCGAUUCCUCGAGCAUUGCCUUGCUGAAGUCUCCGUCGAUUCCAUCCGCUCUUCCACCGCUCUGGAGCUGUCCACGCGUCUGCUUCGGUCCUGAGAGCCCUGACAAUCGACUCACUUCUGGGAAAAGGGCUAGUUAUCCUCGACAUCAUAUCGCUACCGACUCCGCUAGACCGCCACGCGCCACUCACACUCGCCGUUGGAUGACUUUCGAGCUUAUUGACCAGGUCACCAGUGGCUUUGGAAGAAGGGCUGACCACUUCCGCGACCUCUGCUAUCGCAGCUCUCCAUCCACCCACCCCGCAAACCUCCCAAGACGACCUCAUCUUGGGACCCGAUGCCGGGAAACUCAGUAAACAAUGGAGCCGUCGCUGGCUCUGCCUCGUCCAUCCCCCCUAUCGUCAACCGGAAGAAACAGAAGCGUCGAGCGAAGCAGGCCGCCAAACAAGCGGCCGAGCAAGGUCGGCCGACCGGUGGUUUGCCGAACGCCGCCCAUGUGUCACAGGGAGCGCACUUACGGUCUCCUCCGAUGCCAGAUACGGAUCAUGGUGCAGAGGAAUUCGAUGACGCCGACCUGGAUUAUCAAGGACAACCUGGGGGGCCGGAUGACGUUUACUACAGCGACGCCGACCUGCCAAGGGACCCCCGGUUCCCGUCCGCUCUACCGAACGGUCACACGGGCGAGGCGACGAAUGGGGCGAAGAAGAAAUCUAAGAAGAAGAAAAAGUCGAAAUCCGGAGCCUCUGCCGUUGAUGGGCCUCAUACCCAUGGGAUUGUCUCGACUCUAUCUGGCCCUUCCUCGUCCGAUGCUCUUCGACCCAAACACGCUAAAACCAAGGACCGCAUCUGGAACACGUCCACGCAAGAAGAGCGGGAGCGAAUCAAGGAGUUUUGGCUCUCUCUCGGCGAGGACGAGCGGAAGUCACUGGUUAAGAUCGAGAAAGACGCGGUCAUGCGGAAGAUGAAGGAGCAGCAGAAGCAUUCCUGCAGCUGCACGGUUUGUGGUCGAAAGCGCGUCGCCAUCGAGGAGGAGCUGGAAGUGCUAUAUGACGCAUAUUAUGAUGAGCUUGAACAGUACGCACAUCACCAGCACAUCCCAAGCAACGGCCUGCCCGCACCCCCUCAGGUGAGACAGAAUGGCCAACAACAUGCCAGGUUGCCGCCCGAUCGCAUGCAUCGUCUGAUCGACCAUGCAACCCCCGGUGCCUCGCAGGUCGAUCUCGUCGACGACGAGCUUGAUGAGGAGGACGAGGAGGACGAGGAGGACGAGGAAGAAGAUGAUCUGGAAGAGGAGGAGUACAGCGACGAAGAUUACGACGAGUAUAGUGACGAUGUCUCCGAAGAGAUACCUCGUGGUCCCGCCGCCGACUUCCUGAACUUUGGGAACAGCUUGACCGUGAAAGCAGGGGGCAUACUGACCGUUGCCGACGAUUUGCUGAAAAACGAUGGCAAGAAAUUCAUCGAAAUGAUGGAGCAGCUCGCCGAACGACGGAUGCAACGCGAAGAGGAGGCAAUCCAUGCUGCCGCGAACAUGAUGCAUUCUCAUGGGGCCCAUACUCACGCUUAUCCUCCCGACGACGAAGAGUACGACGAGGAAGAAGAAGAGGAGUACAGCGAAGACGAGGAGUACGAGGAGGAUGAGGAGAUGGAUGCCAUGACCGAAGAGCAGCGUAUGGAAGAAGGCCGCCGCAUGUUCCAGAUCUUCGCCGCCCGGAUGUUUGAGCAGCGAGUCCUCACCGCGUACCGCGAGAAAGUGGCCCAGGAGCGACAGCAGAAACUCCUCGAGGAGAUCCAGGAGGAGGAGCGUAUGGGUGCGGAGCGGGACGCCAAGAAAGCUCGCGACGCCCAAAAGCGCAAAGACAAGAAGCUCCAGCAGAAGCAGGCCAAGGCUGAAGAGAAGGCUCGACGCGAGGCCGAGAAAGCAGCGGAAGAAGCCGCAGCCAAGGCCGCCGAAGCCCAGAAAGCCGAAGAGCAACGAAAGAAGCGGGAAGAACAGAAGAGGAAGAAGGAAGCGGAGAAGAAAGCCCAAGAGGAGGAGAGACUAAAGAAAGAGGCGGAGCGGCUUCGGCGACAACAAGAGGAGAAAGAGCGGCAGCUGGAAGCACAACGAAAGCAAGCGGAAGCCAAGGCCCUGGAGAAAAAGGCCAAAGACGAUGCCAAGAAAAGGGAACGCGACGAGCGUGAAGCCCGUGAAAAGGAGGCCCGGGAGAGGAAGCUCCAGGAGGAGAAGGGACGCAAACAACGGGAUGCCUUGCACCAAGCGGAGUUCGAACGUCAAGCGAAGGAGGCCCCUUUACGAUUGGAGGCUGCGGCGCAGGCUCAAGCCCAGACGGUCCACAACCGGAAGGGCGCGAACCAAGCAUCGCAACUAUCGCAAGCUAACCUGCAGGCCCAAGCAUCCAAAAGACCUACUCAACCUGCCGUCGCAAUACCACCGGGCCUUCACAAACAGCCCUCCGGUUAUGCUUCCCCCGCCGUUCCGGUCGCAACUCCAGUCAUGGGGAAGGUUCCUACGCCUGGUCUGCGAGCAAGGCAAGGCUCACAGCCGGGUAGUCAUGUAACUCCGCCUAAAACACCGAAUAUCUCGUCAGCCACGUCGAAGUCGGCAUCUCCGAAUAAUGCAGCUGCAUCUCAUCCGGUUCCAACACCAAGGUCUAUUCUCCAAAGGCCCAGUCAACAACAGGUCCCGCUCUCGAGUUCUCACCCUUCUUCCCCACCUCGAACACUGGCUUCCCCUCCGGGUCUUCCUGUAUCUCAGGCAGCAUCUGGGUUUGGAAUUCCUACGACGUUUGGCCCUACCGGUCAACCUCAACUGUCUCCAGGGCAGGGAAUCAGCCCAAUCCCGCACGGGGGUCCGAACGUAUCACCUUUCACCACCCAUCAACUCCCGAUGGGACCUCAGUUUCGCCCGAUGCCUCCUUAUGGGAUGCCUGGCCAAGGACCUCCGGGGUUGCACCAUCCUAUGCAGCCACCGAUGCCCGGUUCUCGUGCAUUUGAGCCUCCGCCCGGAUUUCCCAGUCCACUUCCUCCCAUGUCUGGGCCUGUAAAUUUCAACGCAUUCGGACCCCCCGGCAUAGGGAAGGACAUCCCUCAGCCUCAUUCUCGCCAGCCGUCGGGUUCGUAUGAUGGUCCACCAGGGGCUUCACAGUCUUUGGCGCAACCAAUUUCACGACCCGCUCCUAUCCAGAGACCGUCCAGUGUGAAGCCGCACGAGCACGAACAUAAGUCUCUUUCGACUGAUCCGAUUGAUGAUUUGUCUCGGCACCUCGGUAGCUCUGCAUUGCUCGAUGAUGUAGAUGAUCCAUAUCCGGGCCCGUCAAGUGGUCGGCGUCCGAGUAUUCCUCCCAUUGGCCGUCAAGACAGCCGACCCGGCAUGUACCAGAUGCCAACGAUGUUCGGUCGUGAGCCAUCGCCACCAGGGGCUCAAAUCCCCGGAUCGACGGUCUGGAGCACGCCCCCGCUUGCCAAUUCCUUCGGCUCUGCAGGGCUCAUGUCCGGAUUGACGGGCUCGAGUGCUUGGGGAGCGAGUCCCGGCAACCCUUGGCCAGCCCCAUCUCACCAUCGUAGCUCUCGACCUGUCACCAUCCGCCUUCUUGCCUGCCAAGCGUGUCGAACACUGUCCGCUGCAGCACCCCGACGAUCCACGGCUCCGGGCGUGGCCGAGAGUCCUGGUUCCGCGGCUGCCAAGAAGAUUGAUGGCUACCACGAAGUCCGAGAUGUGUACGCCGCCGUCCAAAGCUCACAACCUCCCGAGAUUGGCCAGGUCACACAUAAGGAACUUAUGCAGAUCUUUGAAACCGAAGGCGAUUCGAACAACGGUGGCGGAACGUUCCAGCUCCGGACCGAGGACGACGCGGCCAGCAUCGCCUGGAUCGGACCCGGCGAGGAUCAGCGGACGUUCGUCAAGUGGGAACCGGAUUCAACGAGCCCGCUCCCUGGACUCGGCGUGGGUUCCCCCUUAGCGGGACUCGGAGCUGCACCGGGACUCGGAGCAGGACCGAAUCACUCGUUCGGAGCGCCCCUCGCGCCGGGCAUGGCACCGGGCGCGGGACUUGGCCUGCAGAGGAAUGUUGGCACGGGGUCAUUUGGAUUCGAUAGUCGCAUUGGGGGAUUAGGCCGAUCGCCGAGCGGAGGAGAUGGAUCGCAAGGGAUGUAACGUAGAUGGGAUCCGUACGGGUUCCCCGAUGGGUUCGUGGAAGGGGUUUUCAGGCAGGGUUUGAUCAGCUGGUCGCUACAUGCCUGCGCAUCACAUGGUUUAGUGUCGACCGCAAUACGUAUGGGCGUAUGCAUGGUCGUUAAGCCAUCGUUAGGGGUCACGGUGGAUAUUCUUCCUUUGGGAGAUUCAGUGCGUCAUUGUCAUUAAAAAUGACAUAUUUUAUCGUGCAC